AUGAUGGUUGCACACAUCGACAAAACUCGACUUAAUAAUGAUCUUCGUUAUCGUUUUGAUUUUGUAUCAAAACUUAUUGAUUUUAGUCAAGAUGAUGUAAUAACACUUAAUACAUUGGCACCAAUUAUAUUUCCACUUCUUCCAGUGGCUAUUGAAUCAGUAUAUAAAAAAUUAUAUUCAUUUGAUGUAACAAAACGUUUUUUUCAUUUACGUAAUGAUGGUUUUGAAAAUUUUACACCAAAUAAAGAUUUUGGUAUAACAUUAGAUGUUGUUCAAACAGAAUUUCGAAAAGAUAUGUUAACUGUUUAUUUAAAACGUGUAUUAACACAACAUGAAUGGAAUGAUUCAUUUCUUGAAUAUUUAUCAAGAGUUGGUCAAAUACAUACAACUAAAGGUGGUUCAUCAUCAAUUAAUGUUGAUUAUAUUUUUAUGAAUGGUAUAUUUUGUUAUUUAGAACAAUUAUUAAUUGAUAUUAUAAUGAAUUCAGAAAAUAUUGAUGAAAAAACAAAACGUCAUGGUAUAAAAGCAAUAAAUAGAUUUAUUUGGAUACAAAAUGAUUUACUUACAAUGCAUUUUUCAACAACAUGGAAUCAUGGUAGUUCAUGUCCAAGUAUACCUAUUGUUAAAUUAACAAAAUGUCUUUUUAGAUAA